AUGCUUCAAACCAAGGUGAUCCAGCUGGAGUCAAAGGAACACAUGCAGCAAAUAAAAAAUCAUGGAGGAGAAACCACAGCCAUAAAACAUAAUAGAAACAUUGUCAGAUGUAAUUGUCAACUUAUUAUAACCUUCCCCGAUAAAGUCAAAAGAUUUGGUGAUUGGCUGAAAGGGCAAAAUGUUAUAUUUCUAUUUAUUGACUGGAAUUUGCGUGGGAUUGCUCAAGUGAUGUUUGUCAACAACUCUUUGAGUGGGUUAAUUAUUUUGGUUGGAUUGAUUUUCCAAAAUCGAUGGUGGGCACUUAAUGGCUUCGUGGGAUUGGUGUUCUCAAACAUGACAGCACUUCUGCUCAGCCAGAACAGAUCUGAUAUUGCAGCAGGGCUUCAUGGAUACAAUGGUAUCUUGGUUGGCUUCGUACUGGCAAUGUUUUCCAGUAAAGGAGAUUGGUAUUGGUGGCUGCUAUUACCAGUGACUGUGAUGUCAUCGUUAUGCCCUGUGCUUUCAAGUGCUUUGGCCUCCAUAAUGGAAAAAUGGGAUCUGCCUGUUUUCACGCUGCCUUUUAAUAUUAUUCUGUCGAUGUUUAUGGCUGCCACAGGACAUAACAACCAACAUUUUCCCCAGGUUCUCAUUCAGCCUGUGACUGGACCAUUCAAUGUCACAUGGCCAGACCUCAGUGUUACCAUGCUUCUUAGAGCUGUCCCAGUGGGUGUUGCCCAGGUGUUUGGUUGUGACAAUCCCUGGACUGGUGGCAUGUUCCUUAUUGCAUUAAUAAUCUCAUCUCCAAUUAUAUGCCUACAAGCUACAAUUGGAUCCUGUCUCGGUAUACUGGCAGGAUUAUCUCUGGGUUCACCAUUCCAGAAAAUCUAUGAUGGAUUAUGGAGCUACAACUGUGUUCUGUCCUGUGUUGCAGUGGGAGGAAUGUUCUAUGCCCUUACUUGGCAGACCCAUCUCUUGGCAGUAAUGUGUGCAAUGUUCUGUGCGUACUUAGGAGAAGCACUGAUGAACAUGAUGUCUGUGUUUGGAUUACCUGCAGGAACUUGGCCUUUCUGCCUUUCCGCACUCGUGUUUCUGCUGAUUACCAGUAACAACAAAGCUAUUUAUAAAUUGCCACUCAAUAAAGUGGCCUCCCCUGAGGCAAACAGAAAAGUUUACAAGCAGUUGCUGAAACAUGACCAAUAUGAAUGA